UUCUGGGAAUUAAAUAAUGAUGAUGAUAAUAAUAAUUUUAAAAAAACUGCGUAAAACUUUUCAGACAAAAGCAACGUUAAUUUCAAGGCGAAUAUUAUCUACAUAGACUCUACACAUCGCUGUUAAAAGCGCACCCGUGGAAAAAUUACGCGCACUUCCGCUUUAAAAGAGGAGCUGUGUGCGGAGAGUCGCUGUUGAUGCCGAGCCACAGAUCCGCCUGCUCGACGCGGCUCGGCCGGAUGUGUGCGGCUCAGAGCGCAGGCUGCCUUCCAUCAGGACGGUGCACUAGUUUGUGUGCGGCGUAGGUGAACACACUAGGAGCUCUGCGUCUCGAGGAUUUGGAUUUCAGCUGUCGCUUUGCGUGUAUGUGUGUGACAGCCGGCGGACGGAACUUUACGCAGGGACAAACAGCAGGUGAGUCUGCGAGGCUCCACCUGAGGGAUAUUUCUGCUCGCCGAGUCUGACACCAGCUUUUUGUAUUCGCCUCCCAACUCCACUUGUUGAUGGGGCGCCGAGACGCUGUCGGGUCAUCCGCGAAAGGGAGAUAUUCUGGUGCGUAAUUUGGAUCUGCCCCUGCCCGACGACGGCUGGGCGAAGGAAGGAAGUUUGUGGCAGAUGGUGGGGAUGUUUGGCCACCGGUAACAGCUCUCCUUGGUAUCGCAUUACACGAGCUGCCGCCAGGUGAGCAGCGGCAUGGGGAACCAGAUGGACAGGCUGUCACAUUUAAGUUACGCAGAAGUUCCCACCGUGGACCCGAACGGCGUGGAUACAGAGGACGGUUCACGGAUCGGCGUCUCUUACAUUUUUUCCAACGACGACGACGAGUUGGAGGAUGGCUGCGCCGUCGAUGGCACAGAUAAAGACCCGAAUCAGGAAGAGAAGCAGUACGACAAGCGCGACGAGGUGGAGUGCGCCGUCUACUACAGAGAUGAAUGCAUUUACGAGAAGAGCGCAAAGUCGGCCAGCCUGGAGGUAUACUCUCCAGAGAACCUACUAAACAAAUGCAAAGCGGGCGACUUGGUGGAGUUUGUGGCUACGGGGCAGUACCCGCACUGGGCUGUGUACGUGGGGGACUUCCAGGUGGUGCACCUGCACAGAGCCGAGGUCAAAAACAGCUUUCUGACAGACGCGAGUCAGGGGAGGAGGUGCCGGAUCGUGAACGACUUGUACAAGUUCAAAGCUCUCGGUCCGGAUGUGGUCGUGCAAAACGCGAUGGAGCAGGUGGGCUUGAAGGACCGAGAGCUGAGCUGGCGAAACUCCGAGGGCUUCGCAGCCUGGUGCAGGUUCGGCAAGAGGGAGUUCAAAAUGGGCGGGGAGAUACGGAUAGGCAAGCAGCCGUACAGGCUGAAAAUACUCAUGUCGGACAAACAGUCCCACGUGUUGGAGUUUCAGAGUUUGGAGGACAUGAUCAUGGAGAAGAGGAGGAACGACCACCUGGGCAGGACAGCCGUGCUGAAGGAGCUGACCACUCACUUCAGCAGCGCUGGGGAGACCCAGAGUGAUCCCAGAGCUGAAUGACCUCUGCCUCCUUUCAUGCUCUUCAAAAUGCAUUGGCACUAGAGUAGCCUUUUCUGAACAUAAGCUGUGUCCCACUUCAAUCUAUAGCAAGCCUUCGCUCAUUUAUUUUAGUUUCGAUUGGAGAAACAGGUGUCAUGAUGUCUACUUGAAUGUUGUUGGUUUAAUUAUGUCAUGGAUGUCUGGUUCAUGUUUUCAUUACAAUGAUGUUACUGCCUUAAAGCCACGAUCCUCAACAUCCCCUGUUGCUAAAUUGCCUUAGCAGUUAUGAAUUCAAUUAUCUGGGAUAAAUUGAAUUGAUGAACUUGUAGCUCCGACAUGCCCCUCCAGUCACAGAAUGUGUAGUUUUUUUUAUAUAUAUAUAUA